GUUAAACAAAAUGCAGUUCUCAGAUAGAUCUCAACUACAACUAACUACAUUCAACUGUUUAUUAUUUGUUAUAUCUUGUGCCAUUAAUUGGAGAUCAGUCACUGCAUCAAAAGACACUUUUGAUCUCAAUAAUAAUUCUUCAGAUUUCGGAAAUUCAAAAGGAGCCUCUGAUUUACAGGCCAGCUCUCUGCCAGGGUCAUCGCAAGAUGGUUCACUCCACAACGGAUCACUGCUCCUCCAUCACUCCACUUCAUCCAGCAGUGAUGGAGGCGUCAAAGUAAAAUCUAUGAUUGAGAAGAUAUUUCUGUGGACUCCAUCUUAUGAGUCAGGACAGAGUUAUGAGCUGCUGGUGCUUGGCAACAAGAGCAACAUCAGCAGCAGUCACCUGCAGGGCCAUCAGCCCACCUACAUCAUCGUGCACGGCUUCUUGGGUGAUGGACUCGAGCCGUGGAUACUGGAGAGCAAGCAGAAGUUGCUGGAGCUGCACCGCUGUAACGUGAUCUCAGUGCAGUGGCCGUCAGGGUCGGAAUAUUUCGUCAUAGAUUAUUACCACGUAGUCUUCCACGUGCCUUAUGUCGGCAAGGAGAUCGCUGCCCUGCUUGCCCAGCUGGCUCAACUCAAGUCUCUCAAAUAUUCUGAUGUACACAUCAUCGGACACUCGCUGGGCGCGCACAUUGCUGGCUUUGUGGGGAAGAACGUCCCGACGCCCAUUGCUCGGAUAUCAGGUCUGGACCCAGCGGGCCUAAGUUUCCGGGGCACGGGACCAUCGCAGAGGCUGGACAAGACGGACGCGCUCUAUGUGGACGUCAUCCACACAAACGGAUGCCGCAACUAUCUCGUCUGGACGGACUGCUUUGGCUUCGACGUAGCUCUCGGCCACACGGACUUCUGGCCCAACGGCGGCCGCCAUCAGCCUGCCUGUCAGAACUGGGCCGGGCUUCCUGUAAAUGGGUCAAGGCGAUUAAAUGAGUCAAGGCCAGUAAAUGGGUCAAGGCCAGUAAAUGGGUCAAGGCACUUCAAUAACACCUCUGGGUCCGUCAAUAACACCGACUACACACGCGUCUCUGUGGCAGGCUCGUGGUCCGUGGGGUGUGACCACAUGAUGUCCCACACCUACUUCGUGGAGAGCCUGAACUACUCGCGGUCGAGCGGCUUGUUCCUGUCGCGCCCCUGCCCGUCGUACGAAGAGUACGAGUCCGGCAACUGCUCGUGUGGGUCUGUGCCGCAGUACAUGGGAUACUUUGCUGAUCAGCGAGGGCGCGGCGACUUCUAUCUCAACACGAGCGCCGUGCCGCCCUACGCGCUGCCUGACCCUGGCUGCCCCACGGGCGCUCAGGCCGACUUGUUCCUCCUGAGCCUCGUGGUGGCCCUCGUGCUGCUCGUCCUCAUCACGUGCCUCGUGCUCCUCAUGACCUGCCACGGCCUUAAGAGGGCAGCCAUGUGCAGCUAUGGUGAGGGUGUCAGGCCCUAAGAGGGCAGCCAUGUGC